GUGAACUUGUUUUUUAACGGAGCAUUCAGUGAAGUGUCAAUAAUUUUCAUUGUAGUGCGCGACUCUUGGGAGAUUCCUGAUACGCAUGGGAGUUCUGGUGAUAAAAAAAAGAGGAAGAGGAUUUUGUUGCAUCCACCUCAGCAGAGAAAUGGUUCUUAAAAAAUGGCAAGAGAUCGGCAAGGAUCGGAAUAUUUUGAAAAUAUGAGCGAAACGACGUCUUGCAGCUGUUUAACAAGUUCCGUUGAAAAGUGCUCGUUACGCAGCUGCAGUAUGUUUCAAGAGCCAUUCUUUCUACAUCCACCGAGUACAAGGCCUCGUGAUGGAAUUUACAUAAAUCCAAUGAGUGCAUUUAUAGAACCACAAAAAAGCAAGGAAACUGAAUCAUUUUAUCUUCAUAGUCCAAAUGAUCUUGUUUAUACGAGGAUUACACAAAUAUUUGGUGAUACGCAAAAAUCACGCAACGGAGAACGAAAUAUCAUUCAAAGGAAAGAUGAAACUUUAACAGUGAAAGUGGACGUGCACAUCAAUAACGGAACCUAUAAACCGAUUAGUAACGGGCACUCGAUAAGGUCGGACUCAAUAAUCAAGGACAGCAGCGAGCAUGCUUAUGAACAAAUUUGCUUACGUCAGGAAGAAAAUGAUAGCGUCAGUUCUUCGUUUCAGAAAAAAUUAUCCGAUAACACAUCCGAUGGCAGUCGAUCUCGAAAAACUGAUAGACGUUAUAGUAGAUCAAGCAGUGCAAGUGAAUGUUCAAAUAUGAGUAGUGAAAUUCAUUGUUUCUCAUCGACAACAUCAACGCCAUCGCUCUCGAGAAAUAGUAGCAAUGAAAGAAUUAGCAAAAGUCCCAAAAUCACAGAAAUAAUUUCAGAGAGGAAGGACUCGAUUGGCUCAAAAGUGGAAAGUGAAAAGGGAAUAAAGACAAUCAGUAAUGGAUCCAGCGUUCUCAGGCCGCCGCCACCGCCACCACCUCCACCACCACCGGAAAUGGAUGAGGUUUUUGUCAGUCAAAUAAAAAUUUGCGAUAAUUUAACACGAGAGGAAAAAAAAGAUGAUUCAAAUGGAUUGGAUACUAAAAGUGAAACUGGAAGUAAUUCCUCCGCGACCAACAAGACCGAUGCAUCCUGCGAACAAGCGGAAGUCAAUUCUGCCAGUCCACCGGUAGAUAUCGAAGAAAUUAAAACAUCACAGGUGUCACAUCUCGUCAAUAAACACAUGGUACUGCCCUUUAUUCCGCCAACAUUUACAAAUGCCGCUGAUUCCAAUACUCUUCUAAAGCCUUCCGAAUAUCUCAAAAGUAUUUGUAAAGUGCCUCAAAAAAAGAGCCUCUCCAAAGCAAGAUCCGUGGACAAUUUGGAUAUUCAGAGUAGAUCAAGCGACGAGGAAGAGCAGAAAACCGAGGAGGACACGAGUCCUCCUCCGGGACCACCGCCUCCUCCAGCUUUACCUUCUUCAUUGCCGAAAAUUCAGGGGAGUCAAUGUUCCUCAACAACAUCUGAAAUUGAAUCAUCAAAGCCACUUCAACCCCUUGCCACUAUUAGCAUUCAUGAUUUAACAAGCGUUCAACUCAGGAGGACUAAUAUUAAAAUGCACGCAUCGAAAACAUUUUCAGCGCCUCCACCUCGAAGUGUAUCCAUGACAAAUGUAUCCGAACCGUUUUUCGUUCAGAAAACCGACUUGAUAGCAGAACUGAAACAAACAAAAGACAUUCCAGGAAUUAAGAAAUUAAAAGUAGAAAGAGCACAGGUUGAAAAAUCACAAGAGCAAAAUUUAAUUUCCGAAAUUAAUAAAGCAUUUAGCGUGACAAAUUUUGUUGAACAGAUUCCAGAAAAGGAUAGUUCGGGAAAUAUAAUACCAAUUUGGAAACGACAAAUGCUAGCGAGAAAAGCUGCGGAAAAAGCGAAAAAAGAACUUGAGGAGCAAAUUGCACGUGAAAAUGAAGAGAGACGACAAAAAGCCAUACCACCUUGGAAAAGACAAUUACUUGCUAAAAAAGACAACGAGGAUAAAAAAUAUCACUAUCAACCGCAGACUGCAUCAACUGGUUCUUCAACAUUAAAAAUUGAAAUAACACCAGCGGCGCAAAGGGAUACAACAGCGACAUUACAAUUAAAACCAAAAGAAAUAAAAAUUGAAAAAGUAGAUAAAUUAGAAAAAAUAGAAAAAGAAGAGAAACGAAUUGAAACAAAUUAUGAUUCAGAUGAAGGACAAAUAAUUCCAUGGAGAGCUCAAUUACGAAAAACGAAUAGUAAAUUAAAUAUUCUCGACUGACAAUAAGGACUUAUUAAAAAAAAAAAUAAUAAUAAUAA